AUGUCGUCCCCCGCCGUUGGCAAAGCACCACCCAAGCUGGGAUCCAAGGCCGGGACUCCUCUCAAGACUCGCAAGGGUUCAGGAUCUAGUGCUGCCUCAAAGCCAAGCGUCUCUGAAACUCCCAAGCAAGUGAAGAAAACACCUACGCGCAAGCUCACCCCCAAGGCACCCGAGCCUAUCGAAGACAACUUGGACGAGCAAUCCCUUCCCGCAACCCCAUCACCCAAGUCGAAGAAGAAGUCUCUAUCCUCAGAGCAACGCCUCCCCGCCUCACCUCCAGAUGAUGAUGUCACCUCUCAGGCAUCCGGCUCGGCUGCCCCUCGUAAUGGCACCGCGGGCAAAGCCAAGGGCCUUGCUGGCAAGGCUAAGGAUACCGCGCAACAAGGUGCAUCGAAGGAUACAAACAACCUGCCCAGCAAUCCCCUCGAUCUAUCCGCAUUGAAGGGACUCACUAUCUCUGACGGAGGAAAGAUCCUUGGUCAGGAUGGCAACCCCCUGGGCGAGGUUGUCGAAGGAGAACCCGACGACCUUGUCGGUCAGACUGUUGGUGAGGAUGGAGAAGUCAUUGACGAAGAAGGUGACCUCAUUGGCCGCGUCGAUGUUCUCGAAGGCGCGGUUGAUCAAGCCGAUAACCUUCCCGAUGAAGCUGAGUCUAAGCACGACGCUGCGAAGGAAGUGGUCACCGAUCUGUCUCAGCUUGAGGGCCUGCCCGUUUCUGACGGUGGUGUGAUCAAGAAUGCUGCAGGUCAAGUCGUUGGCAAAAUUACCGAGGGUGAUCCCGAAGAUUUGAUUGGAUUCACACUCAAUGACGACGGUGAAAUUGUCGACGAUGAAGGCGAUGCUAUCGGUCGUGUCGAGCUCAUCCCUAUUGAGGAGCAGAAGAAGGCCAUCGAAGAAGUGGCCGGUGAUGCCACAUCUCAAAUUGAUGGCGCUAAGGAUGAUCAUGAGGAUGAUUUUGAAGACGCUCAGGAUGGCCUUGAUGUCGAUGAGACUCAGGAUGGCCUUGAUGUCGAUGAGACUCAGGAUGUCGCCGAUGACCAAAUCAACGGUGUCGAAGAUACAGCAGAAGACGCCGCUGAACAGGAUCAAGAUAAUGUUCCUGACGUUGAUGAGGCCAAGGAGACUGCAGAGGGUGAGGUUGAAGACGCUCAAGAAACCGCCGAAGACGCUGCCGAAGAAGACGCUGCCGAAGACGACAAUCUGCGCAUUCCUGAUCUCGAUACUCUCGAAGGUCUGACCUGCAACAAGCGCGGCUAUGUCAUUGAUAACGAUACCGGUAAGCCCGUUGGUGAGCUUGUCGAAGGUGACCCUAAGAAGAUCUCACGCCUUGGCGCUACCCUCGAUGAGCAAGGUCAAUUCUGGGACAACCGUGGCAAUGUCAUCGGCAAGAUCAAGGCCCUUCCAGUCGACGAUGGUAAAGAUGAGGAGGGUCCUUUCGCUGGUCUUGAGGGUCUUGUCGUCGGCCAAGAUGGCUGGGUCGAAGACGAAAAUGAGACCCGCGUCGGCAGACUUGUCGAAGGCGAUCCUAAGAAGCUUCUCGGUCGUGGAGUCGACGAAGAUGGUGAAGUUCUCGAUCGUCACGGCAGUGUCAUCGGUCGCGCUGAGCGCUAUGACGAGCCCGAGGCUGAGGAGGAGCCUGCCCCCGAUGUCUCUGCUUUGGAUGGCCUAUCCUGCAACAAGGCUGGAUAUGUCAUCGGCUCCGAAGGUUUCCCCAUUGCUCGCGUUGUUGAAGGAAACCCCAAAGAGCUUGUUGGCAAGAAGAUCCACGAUGGCGAGAUCUACGAUGGCAAGAAUGUCGUUGGUCGCGUUGAAUUGAUCCCCGAAGAGGAGCUCGAGAGCAAGCCUGAGGGUCCAUUCGCCGGCAUGGAGAGCCUUGUCGUUCGCAAGGAUGGUUUCGUCGAAGAUGAGGAUGGAACUGUCGUUGGCCAGCUCGUCGAAGGUGACCCGAAGAAACUGCGUGGUCGUGCUGUUGACGAGGAUGGCGAGAUCACCGACAAGUAUGGCAACGUUAAGGGUCGUGCUGAGCCAUACGAGCCUGAGGAAGAGGAGGAACCCGAGGAAGCAGAUCUGUCUAUUCUCGAAGGCAAAGUUGUGAACAAAAGCGGCAACGUUGUUGACCCCGCCACUGGUGCUGUCUUCGGUCGCAUCGUCGAAGGUGACAAGCGUCUUGCCGGUCGCAAGGUUGAUGGCAAGGGACAGAUCUGGGGUGACAACGGCCAAGUUGUUGGUCGUGCAGAGCUCAUCCCCGGAGCCGAGCAGCACAAGGCCGAGGGUCCAUUCUUCGGAUUUGAUAACGCCCAGGUCGCGAAGGAUGGUGUUGUCAUGGACGGGGACCGUAUCAUCGGACGUCUUGUUGAGGGAGAUGCGAAACGUCUCCUAGGCCGCAAGGUCGAUGAAGAGGGUGAUGUUCUUGACAAGAACGGAAACUCCAUUGGCAAGGCUGAGCGCUGGGAGCCGGAGGAGAAGCAGCGCGACGUCAACCCCAUGGCUGGUCGCAAGGUCACCAAGGAGGGUGAGGUUCGCGAUGCUGAUGGCAAUCUCAUUGGCAAAUUGACCAGUGGAAACCUGGCCACUCUCGUUGGAAAGAAGAUCGACGACAAUGGAUUUGUUGUUGACAAUGAUGGCAACAAACUGGGUGAAUGCACUCUGUUGGAAAACAUCCCCGAGCCAGAGCCAGAAAAAGAAGAGGGCCCAACAGCCGAAGAGCAAGAAGUACAAGCUAAGGCUGAGCAAGAUCGCCAGCUCGCCGAGAAGAUGUGCAACAUCCUGCGCCAAACUCUCGAGCAAGUGAAGCCGGUUUGCAAGCAGAUCUCCGAGCAACUCGAGAAGGCCGACCGAACCCCCAAGGAAGAGCUCGACGAAGAGAAGCUUGUUCAAGCUGUCAAGCCUCUUAUCGAGCAAGCUGGUCACAUCCUCCAAGAAUGCAACGGUGCAAUCCGGGCUCUUGAUCCCGAUGGCCGUAUCGCUGCAACCGCGAAGGCUCGUGCCUCUUCUCGCGAUGCUACUCCAGAGGAAUAUCAACUCGCUGAUAUGCUCAAGGAGUUGACCGAAACCGUUGUCAAAACCAUCGACAACGGUAAGAAACGCAUUGCUGACAUGCCCCAUGCCAAGAAGAAGCUGAACCCUCUCUGGGCUCUGCUCUCUGAGCCUUUGUUCCAGAUCAUUGCUGCUGUUGGUCUUCUCCUCAGUGGUGUUCUUGGUCUAGUUGGCAAACUUUUGGAUGGCCUUGGUCUUGGUGGUAUCCUGAACGGCCUCCUUGGUGGACUUGGAUUGGAUAAGCUGAUCAACGGUCUUGGUCUGGGAAGUUUGACAGAUGCCCUCGGUCUUGGCGGAAAGAAGAAAUAA